AUGGUUGACUCAAUACAAAAUCUAAACAAGCCUAAAGAUGCCUUUGAACAAUUGGAGGAUGAAGAGGGAACUCGUCAGGGCUUCUGUCAUAUUCGAAUCCAGCAACGUACGGGCAGGAAGACAAUUACCACUGUUCAAGGUAUUGCUCCGGAAUAUGAUUUAAAGAAAAUAGUUCGUUAUUUAAAGAAGGAAUACAAUUGUAAUGGUACGACCGUAGAUCAUCCCGAAUACGGAGAAGUAAUUCAAUUAACUGGAGAUCAGAGGCAGCAUAUUAAAGAUUUCCUUUGUAAAGUUGGGAUUGUAAAGGAGGAGAAUUGCAAGUUGCAUGGGUUUUGA